GGCCACCACACCCAGACGGGUGGGUGAACCGCUGCCCUCCUUCCUCCACGCGCGAAAACCCCAGCCAGCCACCAUCUUCUUUCUCCCUCUUCCACCAAAAAUCCCCCCGACGAAACCACUCGCUGCCCAAGAAAAAAAAAUCCACAAGCUAGUGGUACUGCGCAGAGGUGAAGAACGACAUGUCUGUGCAGUGCGCGGCGCACGCAGUCCGGGCGCUUGCCGCGUUCCAGGCGGCCCCCUCCUCCCGCCGCCGGGUGAGCCAUGCAUCCAUUGUGCCUUGCCGGCCCAGGCGCGCGGUUGCGCCGGUCCGAGCUGCGGAUUCUUCGCCGCCUGCCGCACCUGCGCCGUCGUCGUCGUCCGGAGCAGCCAGCGACAAGCCCAUCGUACCCGACGAUGACGGGUUCACCCUCGCCAAGGUUUCUUUUGGCGUGAUUGGACUAGGGGUUGGUGGCUCCCUCCUGUCAUAUGGAUUUGGGGCGUAUUUCAAUCUUCUCCCCGGUUCAGAGUGGUCUGCUCUGAUGCUAACCUACGGGUUUCCUCUCACAAUCAUAGGCAUGGCCUUAAAGUAUGCUGAACUGAAACCAGUGCCCUGCAUAACCUAUGCUGAUGCUUUCGCUCUAAGAGAACAGUGUGCUACCCCUAUCCUCAAGCAGGUCAGGAGUGAUGUUACACGUUAUAGAUAUGGUGAUGAGCAGCACCUUGAUGAAGCGCUAAAGCGGAUCUUUCAAUAUGGUUUGGGUGGUGGCAUUCCAAGACGUAGUGCACCUAUAUUACAAAAAAUUCAAGAAGUAACUGAUGAUGGGAAAUACUGUUUAGUACUUGAAUUCGAAGCCAAAUCGCUGGAGCUAUCUGAUUUUGAGAAAAGACAGGCAAAAUUCACCUCCUUUUUUGGUCCUGGAAUUAAGGCAGAAAUUGGAAAAGGUGGUGAUGAUCUGUACGAAGUGCGGCUUAUCUCGGAGACUACUUAGGAAAUUCAGAGGUUACUUAGGAAACACAGUGUGUCGGGCAUGGCCUGAGGCAUCGUGCAGGCAGCCAAGCAACCCUAAACUUGCAUCUGAUGGGCUUGGUUCAGGCUAGCGCAGGCAACCAAUCGUACCCGUAGUGGCAGCUCAUGGAGUUCCAUUCUCUGCUAGUAUACAACAAAAUGUUCCUUGUUCCACUAAUUUGCAUAUAUGAUUUUUUGCGGGAAUGUAUAUAUGAUGGUAAUGUUGUAAAAAUAACUUUUCCUUAAUUUGGUAUCGGGCUUUUGUC